AUGGUGUAUGUUUACUGGCCAAAGUAUUUGCUUCGGAAGGCAGAUCCUGGUGAAAGGUUAGUUGUAAUAGCUCAUAAGAGUGAGCAUACUGACUUCGUUGUGUUGUCAUUGGUAAAAGAGGGCCACUAUACGAGGAAUGUUCAAAAACCAUAUGUUAGAAUUGGUAUUCAGGAUAAAGCGUGUGGAUUUACGUAUGAAUUAGGGAAGGAUAAGAAUACUGAGGUAAAGAUCAUAGAGUUUACCCCACCUAAGUUAACACUAAUGCAGUUCUUUUCGCUUGAGCCAAUAUCUUUAAUCCUUCCUGAGAAAAUGGCCACUGAUCCGUUUGAUGGGGACCCUAAGGCUUGUAACUUUGCUAAGUUAGAGCAGUAUAAGGAGGUGAGAUCGAAGGAUACCUUAAGAGUGACCCUUAAUGUGAUUAACAUGUAUUAUCGGCAUUUGGAGGCAUUCAAUCAACGUUACGUGCAAUACGCUGAAAAUAGGGUCGACUUAACGAAGUACUGGAUGAAUACCAAGAAAUGGACUAGAAAAGCGUUGCUGUAUAAAUUUGCAUGCCAAGUUAUUUUAUAUGUGGUUAUGGCUGUCCGACUGACUGCUGGGAAUUUGUCUGCACUGUUAAAUUGGAGCAAGCUAUCUUUAAUAUCAUUUUCUGUCACAAUGCAGCAGGUGGAUUUACGUGCACAACAGUUGUGUUAUAUUCCGGUACAAUACAUGCGUAUAAAUGGCAGUGAGAUACUUCGUACAGCUACCCCUCGUUUAAACGACGGUGAGAUUUCACGAAACGAGCGGGCAUCACCUUCACGACACCAACGCCGGCGUAGCAGUGUCUCAUUCCAAACCCUUCCUUGUGAGUUUUAUCCUGAUUAUAUUCGACUGUAUAACACCUUGUGGCUUAUAGCGAACGACAUUUCAUUAGGUAUGACGUUUGGUGCCUUACUACUUGAGAAGAGAGAGGCCAUCGCCAUCAGCUUACAUACAUUUCUCAGAACGGUAUUAUAUGUGCAACCGAUGAGAAUUACGAAGUUUCUUGAUGAAAACCCAUUUGGUAUAAAACUUAACGGAGAAUUGUCGAAGUUCUUAAGUGAACUAUUUAUAUGGAUUAUGGAGUUUAUAUAUCUCUUAUUCAUCGAGCCUUUAACUGUCACUACUACAUUGGACAAGAUAGUGACAAUCAUAGCACAUUGUGCGACGCUCUUCGGCGUCACAUUUGCCCUUGCAUUAACGGUUGAUAUAAUACUGUUGUUAUCUCUGCAUAUAUCAUUGUUUUAUGUCAUCAGCGCCAAGUUAUACCGAUGGCAGAUUACUCUUAUGAAGACACUCUUUUAUUUAUUCUGUGGGAAAAAGAUUAACGUUUUGAGAAACCGUAUAGACAAUUACACAUUUCAAUUGGACCAGAUGUUGAUGGGAACGCUUCUUUUCAUUGUGUUAAUAUUCCUAUUCCCAACCGUGCUAGCAUUUUAUCUCACCUAUACGUUAAUGAAGAGUGCGAUAGUUGUCAUCGCGACAUUAUUGGUUUCGACCAUGGCACUAUUAAACCACUUCCCUCUCUUUGCCCUCCUCUUGAGGAUCAAAGAUCCCAAACGACUCCCAGGGGGAAUUUCGAUUGCAGUAAAGGGAUCGAACUAUUCUUUAGAGAACAAUCCAUUACAGAUAUCGAUGAUGUUCAAGCCGUACUCAGAAUUGAUGGCUAGCUUGGCAGACAACUUCAUGUUUGUGAAGCUAUUUCAUCAGAUAAUUGUUGGUCUGCCAAUAAUGGUUCACAGAAUCAACCUCUAUGAAAUGUUAUACUCUUCACUUCCUACCAAGCCCAUAAAUGCCCGCAUCUUAUGGAAAGAAUUGCGAAAAUUAAUGACCUAA